AUGAGGAUUGAAGAAAUAGAUGAUGGUGUCGCAGAAGAGUCGAUAACGCUAGUUCAUAAGGCCGAACAAGAUCCGGCGGAGGGUCUUCGUCAAGAUCCAGCGGAGGAAGAUCCGGCGAACGCCCAGUACACCGCAAGGAAUCAGGAGAAGGAUCACCGAAAUGUUUUGGCUAUACUGAAGAAGGCAGACCAUGGAGUCAUCAGCCAGGGAAUUAUUACGGUUGAAGACCCAGAGAUUUUUAAGUUCAACUAUUACGUGCAUGAGUAUCAAACGGAGCAAGGGACUGUUAAUGUUUCUUCAAAGGUUGCUUACCUGAGACUUGUUUAUGCUAAGAACAAAGGACCAAUGGAGGGUGUUGAUGAGUGGCUGAAGGGAUGGUCGUUGGCUGAAUACACCUACAACAACAAGUCUCUGUUUUGCCUAAGUUCAUCAUCUGAUCCGAAGUAUCUACUCAGGACAAAUAGGGUAACGGUAAACGAGCAUAAUGGUGGAUUGAAGAAAGGUAAUGAGGUCAAGAGAAAGGAGAUAGCUGAGUCUUUCGCAGUGAAAGAGACAAAGAAAGGUAAGGAGGUGAAGAGAAAGGAGACGACUGAAGGUAAGGAGGUGAAGAGAAAGGUGAGGAUGGUCUGUCUGAUAUGUGUGCAACAUUGGUACUCAUAUCAAAGAGACGAAAAAGGAAGCUUUAAGUAGGAAUGACAUUAUAGACAAAUAUGAAAACUGGAGGCAUGCAAAAGAAGAAAAGAAAUAUGGUUUAUUGACCACUAGCCAAAACGUUCAUGUGAUCCUUCUUGGAUUCUUGUUAUUGUUUGUACCGAAGAAUCCAUCUACGAUGAUGUAGGCCAACUUAAGAUCCAAUAGAUCUUGAGACA